AUGGUUGAUCAAUUUGGUUUAGAUGACACUCUCGAAAUGAAGAGAAGAGGGGCGAAUCGGCUUGAGACCUCGAAUCGACAUCUAGAGGAUCAAGAUUUCGAGGGAGACGAAAGUCUCAAACUCAUAUCGAGCGAAGACAGUCGUAGAAACAUAGAAGGAGAAGAAGAAGAAUAUAAUAAUGCAGAUAGUAAUGAUAACAAAGCAAUUUUGAAGUCAUUUCAAUUGGACUCCAACCAGAGUUUAAAGCUCCCAGCCAUGCCUACACAGCAAGACCUGAUGGUAGGUGGUGGCAGGAAGGUGAAAGAUGAAGACUCUCCAAUUUUGGAAAAGUUAAACGAUGUUUUUGACAGCUCUUUAACAUUUCUCAGCCCUAACGGAAGGCUAGAUCUAACUGGAGAUACUCAAAGAAUACUCUAUGAUCACGAGGCGAAAGUACUAGACGAUAGUGACAGUCAAGCUGUAAAGUAUGGGCAGAGUUCUAAAGGUAAGAGCAGUAGCCUCAUGGACGAUACUCAGGUUAUCAUGAAUGGAGAAGAAACUAACGGAAAAUAUCUUGACGAUACACAAAAGAUAAUAGACACUCAGAGAAUCACAGAUAUACGAGUUGCUACUCAGAAUAAAACCCAUGGUAGUGACGCUGAUGACUACGAUAAUAAAAAUGUCGUGGGGGACACUCAGCUAAUCGACCAGACUAACCACGUAUCGCAAGACAUCGUAGCAGCCGAAGACCAUACUGUAGCUGAAGACCAUACAGUAGCUGAAAGCCAUAAUGCGGCCGACACACAAGUGAUAGCUGUAGGAUAUGAAGACACGCAAUUGGUCGAUGGCAGAGAUGUGUCCAAAUCUAAAGACACCCAAGUAAUAAACGAGGAUAGAUAUAGUGGAGGAGAUACUCAGCUAAUUCACCAGAGCAUCAAUCACAAUGAUGCGGCAGAUACUCAAGUGAUAGGCCCUCCACUUUCAGAAAGUAGCCCCAACAAACUAAAUUCCAAACGGUUAAGCUCCUCAAAGAUAUCUUUUUCUAAACUUACACCUUCAGACUCUCCCCUUAAGUAUCAAGACGACAGUGGAGAAAAUCCUACUCCUGCUAAGGCCUCUCUAAGUGUUUUACAAAUUCCAAAUACAGCAGAGAAGGCAAAUAUUCUUGAGAAGCAGCAACUGACUAGGGCAAUGGUUACACAGUCAUUGGCUCAAGUGCAAAAUACGCAAGAGGAUCUCAUAGACAAUACAUUCCACAUGGACGAUGUAAGGACACGGCAAGGAUUGAGAACAAGCGAGGAAAUAGAUGAAGAAGAUAAUAUAGUAAAAAAUACUAGUACAGCCACAUUAUUAGUAGAUGCGGAAAAGAGAGACCUAGAAGGUGAAAAACCUGUUUACUCCAGCAGCCAGAAGAAUGAACCUGUGGAGGAAAUUUGCACUGAUGAAGAAGAAAAAUCACAUGAACUUGGUACUCUGAUGGAAGGGGUGAUUCCUUCACUGCCCAAAAUAAACUCAGAUUCAUCAGUUUCUGCAGAUGAACUUUCAGAUGUGGACAACGACGAUGAAGCUGACGAAGAUGAAGGUGUUGUGGUUAAGAAAAAGAGAAGACUCAUGACUGUACCGGAAAGUCAAUCGCAAUCGCACCCACAGUCACAAUUGCACUCAAAUAAAGCGAAAGGACUGACAGAACUGGAAACAUCACAGAAAGGAUUAACUCAAUUACGUCAAGAAGCCAGUCACAUUCUUCCAAUUUCUCUGGUACUUCAUGAAGAUAGUGUAUGGGCUGAGUAUAAAUUUAAGAUGUUCCCAGGUAUAAUUCAAGAGGUACAUCGAGAUUUUCUGGUUAUACUUUUUGAAGAUGGUACUAGUAACGUAUUAAAUCAAGAUUUGUACCUGCUAGAUAUAAGGAUAGGAGAUAAAGUUAGGUUGAAAAGGGGUGUAAUACCUUAUUUGGUUACGGGGUUGCAAAGGAAGCCAAUAAGUAACAGCCAAAGUUAUAGCCAGGGUGAAGUUAUACGGUGCGUGAGAGGUUAUAACUAUGUAUACAUCAGAAGGAUUUCCAAAAACAAAAUCUUUGACGAAAAGCUAGUAAGCAUAGGUGAGCUUUAUAUGGAAAUUGAAGACUGGGUUGUACACCAACUGAAAUUUCUCAUUAGGGAGAUAGAAGAUGAGAAUGAAAAUAAGCUUGAACAGGAUUCAAGUAUUAAUAUGGAUAGAAUAAUGCCUACUAGAAUGAAAAAAUCUACCAUUCUCGGCCCAAUUGGAGCUUCUACAGGAAAUUAUUCUGGAGGUUCAGUAGCUUCGUCAUCCAAAUCUGUACCUACUGUACUGUCUACUCCUGGUGGCCCAGGACAAAUAUCUAAGAAUGGAUCAACAGUCCAAAACCCUGCAAGUUCAACAAAGGCUAAAUUGCAGCAAUAUGGAAAAGUGAUACUGCGUCAAUCAUCCAACUUGAAUUCUGGGAUUCUGCCACCAGUCAGUCCAUCAAAGAGAUUAAGUAUGGCAAAUGGGAAUACAUUGGAUCAAAAAGGAACCAUGUUUGAAGGAUGCAUAUUUUGCUUGACUAAUACCGAGGUGGAUGAUAAGAGAGAAGAAAUUUCUAAGUUGAUUGGGAGCAACGGAGGAAUAAUUUUGUCUCAAGGAUUGCAUGAGUUGCUCACAUAUGAGAAUAGGGAAGGCGAAGGCUUACGCUUAGCUUGUAAUGACUACUUCGGUAAUUUUAAGUUUUGUGCAGUUAUUUCUAAUAAUUACUGCCGAAGUGCAAAAUAUUUACAAGCCUUGGCCAUGGGUUGGCCCGUACUAUCUGAUUUGUAUAUUAGGGAUAGUAUCAAUCAGCAAAUAGUACCUGGAAGUAGCUGGCAUAACUACUUGCUUCCAGCCGGUCAACUGCAACGGUUACAGUGUGUUAAACUGUACGAGAUUUAUCAAUUCAGAACCAAUUACGAAUUGGGUUAUAGUUUAUUCAACCAGUUGGGCAAUAAUAGUCAAAUCUUAUCCAAGUACAGAAUUAUUAUUAUUACAAGCAACAAGGGUAAUGCUAAAAACUUGGAAACAUGCGAGUUUAUUUUCCAUGCUUUGGGGGCAAAGUCUUUAACAUAUGUGACAGAUUUUGACCAAAUAAGAUUUGACGCAUACGACGAGGGGUUGGUAUAUGAUAAUAGUAAUGGCGGUGAAAUAGGUAACAAUGUGGUGGAGACUGAAGAGUCUAUUCCUUCUUCCAAAAAGAGGACAAAAAUGGGGGGAAGAAGAAGAUCGAAAAGGAGCCAAAAAGCAAUAGAGUGUAGAAAAUUCGGAGUGAUCGACUGGGAAUGGGUUGUGCAGUGUGUUAUUAAUGGAUAUACUUGGGAGCCUAAGAGAAUAGUACAAUAUAGUGAAUAG